AUCCAUAAGCUCAAUAUGGGACCGCUGAUUGGCCAUUCCAUUCCACUGGCUGAUUACAUCCGUUCUGAUGCAUAUACACCAGGAGGAGUGUCUGCAGCCAGCGUCGUAACAGGUCUUUAUUACGCCCUGUGCCAGCCACGCCCCAAGCGCAUGCAGAGAGGCGGAGCCACCAAUGUCGGGAAUUAUUACACACCCCCGAGGUUGCCCCGGGCAGCUGUAAGAGCAGCAGUGUGCACAUCUGGAGGUUCCAGAAGACGGCCGUGCAGGCCCCGUAUGCAGGUGCAGGCCCCGUAUGCAGGUGCAGGCCCCGUAUGCAGGAAAGCCGAGGAGUUCCUGCGCCUGUCCCAGAUGAAGUGCAGCGGACUCUCCGCCCUGACCACCGCCACCAGUAACGCCGUCAUGUGUCUCCAGCUUGCAGCCGCCUCACUGAAUCAACCUGUUGACAAGGAUUAUCUGGUCCGGCUGUCGGGACUGAAUAAGAAAGUGUAUCACAGCUGUCUGAAGUCAUUUGAGUGCUUGCUGGGAGUGGAUUCUAAGUUGGGCCUCAGGGACCUGGCAGUACAACAUGGCUGCCUGGAGGCAGUGAACACAGCGUCCAGAAUCCUGAACAGGUAUGAGUCCAGCCUCACCCAGGCCCAGCAGGAAGACCUGGAUUUAUCCAAACCUUUGUUUAUCGCCGCCUCCCUGUACGCAGCAUGCAGGUGCCUGAAAGUGAAAGUGGAGAAGACAAAGUUUCUGGCGACAUCUGGUGUGAAGAAAGGGAUCUUUGAGCGUCUGUGCCUUCAGUUGGAGAAGAUUGGCGCGCAGAUCUGCCAGGAAGCUGCAACCGUCACACAGCAGCCGCGGAAAAGGCAGAAGACGCUGCUGGAAUGUGUAGAUCAGGAGCCUGAAUCCGAGGAGGAUGAGGUCCCCCGUAAACAAGCGUGCUCCGAGCCGGCCACCAAGGAGAGAGACUAUGAGGAGUGGAAGAGAAAAAUCUUGGAGAAUGCAGCCAAAACCGGCAACCCGGAAUAACCUCCACGUGGCUGGAUGCACUUUGCAGCGUUUUAUUCCCUGCCACGGAAUGGACAUAACACUGCGAUGAUCUCUGUUACUGCAUAAACUGACCAUGGUUGGCACGAAGGCGUUUGGUUAUGAUGAUGCUGUGCAGGACUUCAGUACAUCUGCCAUGCACCACAGUACAGCCCAAAUCCUCCCUUAAUUCUCGGUAUGGCUGUGAUUUAUUUUAUUUUUAGGCUAUUUUACUCCCUAAUGCAAUUACUGGCUAGUAUGUUUUGGUUCUAGGAUAGAUUGUGUAUAUACCGAUGUGUCCUCUUACAUCUUUGCUCCGUGCGAUACAAAUUGCAUUACACACAACGCGUGAGUGCCGCGCGACUCUGUAGCGGUGAGUGUCUUCUUUUUUUUAUUUUCUCCUUUUUUUUAUUUUAUUUAUUUAUUUAUUUAUUUUUCUUUUUUUCGGAACUGCAUCUUAGACGCAAAGUAAUGUAAUAGGACGCAAAAGCAGCUUCUGAUUACAAUGAUAUGCAGCAUGCCUAUAACCUGUGUGAGACUGCGACUGUAUUUGCGUACUAAAUGCUCUGCAACGUGGCGUUUUGGAUGUAGAUAGAGCCUCAAUUACACACACAAUAUAGGCACGCCGCAUAUACUUUUCGGCAGAAGCUGCUUGUGCGUCCUAUUACAUUACUUUGUGUCUAAGACUCAUUUUUGCGGGGAACCCCCCCCCCCCCCCCCCUACAAAAAGAUGCUCAGCGCUACAGCGUCCCUCCAUGACAUGGCGUGACUUCAAAGUCUGUUUAGCACGGAUGUAUGAGGACAUAUCUGUGGAAUAUUUACCAUUCUUGCUACAGAUUACCGUAGAGUUGGUGUUUCCCGAUUUUAAAAUGAGGAAAAUACAGAUGUUCUGAUGCCUAAACGUGGUUACAUAUAUAGUCUACAAGAGUUCCGUUCAUGUUGGAUAAAGUUUGUGGUGACAUGGUGAACCAAUGAUUAUCCACUCAGUACGGACCAAUACCACCUUUUUAUUGGUUGGUCAGUACCUUUAAUGAUGUUGGCGACUCUUAGGGCAUUGAUCCAAUAUGAGAUCGGCCCCGCCAAAACCAAAAAAAAGUCCUAUUGUGUUCUUAUUUUAUUUUCCCUCGCACAGUAGCGCGUCUUAGAGCAAUCUGUGCCCCGACGGUGAAGCCAUGGCGGUGUAUCUUCCUCUAGUGCCGGUCUGUCCUGCGCCUGCACAGCCAUGAUUAUUGCUGUGCAUUUAAUUUAUAGCGAGAAGUUUACCAGUUUAUUUUAUUAACGUUAAAUGUUUUUACUGUGUUCAUUUGUUCUAUUUUGUAAAAUAAACCGAGGAGCUGUGUCCUUUUCUAAUCCGA